CAAAAUUGAGGAAAAGACUUUAAUAAAUUCUUCUGAAAAAGAGUGAAAAAAACAACUUUGAGAAGUCUGAAUUUUAGGUGUGAAGAGGAGCAAGAAAAGUUUAAGGACCAAUCAAAAAGGUGUCUAGGUAUCUAUAGAAACAGGAGUAAAGAUCCAGGAGUGAAGGACUCAAUAGGAUACAGAGUAAUAAAGAGAAAAUAUCAGAAAAAAAGGAAUAAAACAUUUGUAUUCACAGUAGAUAGAGAGACAAAAAAGGAAUAAUCCACUGGAAAAGGGCAAAAAGAUAGAAACAGAUGAACCAAGAGGAAAAGCAAGACUGAAGAACAAAACAAGGACACAUCAAAAGGAGAAAGAAAGAAAAAAUAAUCCAAAAAAAGAGGCAAAAAGGUUUAAAAGAAAAAAUCAAGAGGAAAGCAGAAGGACCCAGGUGUGACAAUGAGACUCCUGGUGCUUCUUGCAGCUCCUCUCUCCAUCCUCAUCCUCCACAUUGUGGCGUCAGCACCCCUGGCAGGCAGCAUGGCCCCGGGUCGGUUGGAGCGCUGGGUCCGCUCAGGCCUCCAGUCACUGCAGUGGGACCAGCUGGACCGGUGCCUCCGCAUGUCCUCACUCUCUGAGGCGGAGUGCAGGCGUCUCGCCCACUUGCCAUUGUCCGCUGUGGCUGUUUACCUAUCAGAGCCCCGCACAGCUGCAGGUGACUCAGACAAAGUUUUGGCCAUCCUGCCGGAUUCCUCAGGUGGGGCGGUGAGCUCCAAACCACGGGGAGGAUUCAGCAUCAGCCAGGUGCUGAACGGAGGGGAAGGUCCACACAGACAUCAGCAGCCUUUCCCGGGCUCUACGGCCCACGAUGCUGUGUUGGUGUUGGAUCCGAGCCCUGGGGAGAACUUUGGGCACCCAGUGGUCCUCUUCUAUGUGGACGUGAACGUGACAAAGAAGAGAUGCUCCCAUCUGGAUGGCAUUUACCUGGGUGAGGAAUGUUUGACUCUGGCUUUGAAGGGUCGUUGCCAGAACCAACUGAAGCGUCGACAAGCCGGGCCAGAGAGGCUUAUGGGUAAUGGACAUAGUCGGCUGGCAGGUGGGGCACUCCGCAGUAGUACAAUUACCACCAGCAGUAGUAGCCGUCUGGUGGAGCGGGCCGCUGGAGGGCUCUGUGAAGUCCACUUCCUUCCACUGGUGGUUGGUGUCGGGGACAGCAACAGAACGCAGAGACUCAGAUGUGUUGACCACGCAGAGUUUGCGAGAUGCCCUCAGCCUCUGCCAAUGGGCUCUCCCAGUUUGCCUGUCUCAAGCUGUGAGCUAAAUAAAAACACAAGACGCUGCCACCAGCAGCCGCUGGCCACUCACCUCUCCUGCCGACUCUACCAGACCUGCGACCAUGCUGUGCUCAUCUCAGGUGGCUGGCAGCAGCAGAUGACGUUCCAGCGUCACGUUCAAAAUCUUCAGAAGUUCUACAGAAUGCUGCAGAACAAUGGCUUCCAUAAAGAUCACAUCAAGACCUUCUUCGCCAGCAGUGGACACCUUCCUGAGGAUGUAGAGGGGGUGUACUCUGCAACAGAGAAAGCGGUGAUUCGUAACCACGUGUCGUACAUCUGCAGGAAGCAGCACUGUGCCGACACUCUGGUUCUAUACCUGAACUCGCCAACGCGCAACGACGGCACCAUGCUGCUGUGGGACGCCAACCUCAACGGCAUUGCUGAUCUGAAGGAGCGAUAUUCAGUGAACGAGCUGCUGGCCGACCUAGCCGGCUGCAAGGCAACACGUGUUUUGCUGUUUGUGGAUCAGAGCUACAGCGGUGUUCUGUCCAAGAGGCUGCGAGGGUCCCAGAAACACGUCAACGUGGUUCUGAUUCAGAACCAGACACGACAGACCCACAACCACCAAAGGAUGACCCCAGACUGGGAGGACAGCAGCUGGUCCUACAUCAGCUCUGCGACCUGCUUGUUGGACCACCUUGGAAAAGGUAGUGGGAUGUCUCGUCUCCUGGAGCCAUGGGCCGGCCUUUUAAACGUGACGCUGGCAGGCGCCCCCUGCAAUGCCACACCGCCUCUGACGGAUGGCGAGAUGCGACGAGAGUAUCAGGGCUGCCAGAACCUGCCGACCGCACUCUGGCACCAGAAACACAGGAGGAGCAACUGAAAGAGAGAGAGACACUGAGACUGACUGAGAGAGAGAGAGAGAGAGAGAGAUAGAGAGAGAGAGAGAGAGA